AUGCUCUCGUCCGCUCGCAUCUCCGCCAUGCGUCUGGCCGGCGCCCGUGGCUUCCACACCUCUGCCGCCCGCUCCGCUGGCUCCAUGUUCGUCGUUCACCGCGACGUGCCCGGCAACCACCAGAACGAGAAGUUCGAGUUCACCCCUGAGAACAUGAAGCGCGCCAAGGAGGUCAUCACCUGGUACCCGCCCCAGUACAAGAAGGGCGCCGUCAUGCCGCUCCUGGACAUUGCUCAGCGUCAGCAUGGCGGCUGGCUCCCGAUCAACGCCAUGAACUACGUGGCCAAGAUGCUGGACAUGCCCCCGAUGCGUGUCUACGAGGUGGCCACCUUCUACUCGAUGUACCAGCGCAAGCCGGUCGGCAAGUUCAUCCUCGGCGUCUGCACCACCACCCCCUGCAUGCUGCGUGGCUCGACUGCCAUCAUGAACACCAUCAAGUCGCACCUGGGCAACAUCGCCGUUGGUGAGACCACCCCGGACGGCCUGUUCACCCUGAACGAGCUCGAGUGCCUGGGUGCCUGCGUCAACGCCCCGGUUGUUAAGAUCAACGAUGAUUACUAUGAGGACCUCACCACCGGCAACAUCCGCGAUAUCCUCCAGCGGCUCGCCUCCGGGCAGGGUGACACCCUGGUCCCUGGCCCGCAGGGCACCCGCCGCACCUGCGAGCCGGCUGGUGGCCUGACCACCCUGACCGGCCCGCCCCCCGGUCCGGGCUUCCGUGUCCGCGAGGACCUCUAA